AUGCGUCAUAUUUUGGCGGCCGGGGUGCUCUACGGCCUCGUGGCCUUCGCCUCAGCGCAACAGAUUGAUGGAACUGGAAAGAAAACAUGCACCGUCAAGGCCAGCGGAACCAAUGCCACCGAUGACGCCCCCGCCAUCCUUGAUGCUUUCAAGACAUGCGGUCGACGUGGGAAGGUCAUUUUCGAGCCCACGACUUACUAUGUCAACUCGGUCAUGAACGUCACCUGGUUGGAUGAUGUUGAAAUUGACCUCCAAGGCACUCUUCUGGUAUGUUGCACAGCAAAGCGCCACAAUCAAUCCUCUCCUGUCUAUGCAUCCUCUGCAACCGGUCGCAACUCUCAGUGGAGUACGAACAUCUCGUACUGGCUCGCAAAUUCACUGGACGUCGGUUACCAGAACCAAUCUACGGCCUUCAUCCUCGGCGGCAAUAACGUGCGCAUCAAUGGCCACGGAAAGGGAACUUUUGAUGGCAACGGUGACUAUUGGUACCAGUGGAUUCGCCAGCAACCCAACACGUCCAACUAUCCUGGCCGGCCGCACGCCCUCACCCUCAAUGGGCUAAAGAACUCCGUCGUUCAUGGGGUCAAUUUCCUUAGGAGUCAGAUGUGGACUAUGUCCAUCAUCUACUCUCAUAACGUUGAGCUUGACAGUAUACUUGUCAACAACACGGGCAACCGCUAUCAGAGUUCCAACACGGAUGGAGCCGAUACAAUCCGAUCAUCGAACAUCAAGUUCAACAACUGGACUGUCUACAGUGGAGAUGACAGUAUUUCACUGAAGGCGAAUAGCACCGAUGUCAGCAUUACAAACUCGAAGUUCUACAACGGACUGGGCAUUGCGUUGGGAAGCAUUGGGCAAUACAACGAUCAGUUCGAGACUAUCGAGCGGUUGGAUGUGAGGGACUGCUACUUCGACAACACCCUUCACGCCGUAUACUUCAAGACUUGGACUGACGAUCAGAACGGCUACCCUCCUAACGGUGGCGGUGGUGGACUUGGCUUUGCAUCGGAUAUGUCAUUCAAGAACUUGACGGUGAAGGGCAUGCGCGGCGCCGCCGUAGCUAUCUCGCAGUGCACCCGCUUCAGUGGUGCCCCCGGCGUGGGCAACUGCACCAACUCGCAGUUCCAAAUUCGCGACAUCACCGUCGAUGGUAUGUCUGGCACGACGAAGUCUUCCCGAAUCGCGAGUCUACAGUGCAGCGCUGUGGCACCAUGCACCAACAUUGGGCUCUUCGAUGUCAACCUUCGCUUCGACAAUGGCACAGCUGCGGCGUCUUACCUCUGUGGGCACGCUGAGAGCCCGCUUGGCUUUGAGUGUACCGGCACUCCUUGCGUGGGAGGAAGUGCCACGGGAGAAUGUUGA